AUGUUCCCUGCUUUAUGGAGCAGCGUGCGCGUUUGCAAGGAAGCCGCUCGAAGUGGGUCUGUCUCCUUUUGAAACAAGAGCGUCUGUAACUACUUUUUUUUAGUCUGAAGGCACUGCUGAUUAGAUAUCCUGUUAUUCUGACUGUAAGGGAGCCUGCAAGGGCUUAGAGGAAUGAUGACCUGCCCUACGAACGAAAUGGAGCAAAGCACCUGUGGUGAGCAGCAUGAUCAACAGCAGGGUCCUGGAGCUGCCUGCCAUGAAGAUGGAGAAAACCUCUGGGACCCCUUUGGGCUUCUGCAGAUUGACACGGGUUGCGCAAGCUCCAGGAGCCAGUUUGCAGGGAACGAGAAUGAGAACUGGUGCUCGAGAAAUGCUUUGAGGAAACAGAGGCACUGGGAGAAGAUCAUUGCAGCAAAGAAGAACAAAAGGAAAUGUGAGAGAGAACGGCGCAAAGCUAAGCAUGCUGAAGAGAAGGGUGCUGCUCCCCAGCUCAGUAAGCGGGAUUUAAAAAUGGUGGUGAAACAGCGCCUCCUGGAGGCGAAGGAAACAGGCCCCUGGUUGUGCAUCGAUUUGAGUAUGACCGGACACAUGACGAAAAAGGAAAUUGGCCGUCUUGCUGCACAGAUAAGGCGACUGUAUGGCUCAAACAAGAAAGCUCAGAAUCCCUUUUGGAUCUACCUCACUGGAUUUGUGAAAAACAGCCCAAUUUAUGAUGCAUGCCUACGGAUGAACGAUGGAUUUGCUAGCUAUCUUAUGGAUGUUACUCCAGAAAGCUAUCUUGACCUGUUUCCUUUAAAAACAAUUGUUUACCUCACUCCAGACUCAGAGAAUGCUCUUGAGGAGGUCGAUCCUCAAAAAGUGCAUAUCCUUGGAGGACUGGUAGAUGAAAGCAUCCAAAAGAGGCUCACCUUUCAAAUUGCCCGGGAGAAACAGGUGCAGACAGCCCGGCUGCCAAUCCAAGAAUACAUGGUAAAGAACGUCAAUGCAAAAAACUAUCACUCGACGACUCUAGCGAUCAACCAAGUGUUUGAUGCCUUAUUAACUUUCUACGAGACCAAGAGCUGGGAAGAAGCCCUUAAAGCUGCAGUUUCUCCUGGAAAGGGCUAUGUUCUUCGCGGGACAACUUCAUGACAAAAGCAGCCUGCUUCCAAGUGUGGAAGAUGGUCCUAGUGACCAAGGAUGGUUUAAUGUCUGUCUGCCAUAAUUUUGAACGACUGAACUGCUCUGUUUUUGUUUGUCAUACUUGGAAAAGACUAGGACCAAUCAGUUUCUUGCUCGUGGUGAAUCCAUGUUGGGAGGAGUAAAAAUAUACGCUGACUUCUUUUGCAUGCACUGUAUGCCACCAACAGCA